CUAGACUUGGUUGACUGGCAGAGCGGUGGAUCCUCGUUUCCUUCCAACUCCCAACGCAAAACGAGGGAAAUGAUGGACUCUUUGGAGAAAGAAACAACUCAUUUAUAAGUUGGAGUACAGGUUUUGGAGUCUUCAUGCGGAAUUGUGGGAGAUUAGAGAGGUCUAAAAAAGUCAUGGAUGGCGCGCUCUCUACGGCGGCGUGCCUGGUGCUGCUGUUGAUAUGCGCCUGCGGUCGGCUGGCUUUGGCUGCGGGCUGCUCUGGCCUCCGGAGGGUGCUGCUGACUGACCUGGAAGGGACGGUUACCGACGGGUCGGGCUUCUACGACGAGAACGUCCACUGCGAAUGGCUCAUCGAAGCUCCGGAUCCCAACAUGACCAUCACCUUGACGUUCAAGGAGUUUGAGACGGAGUGCACCUACGACUUCGUGACCAUCUAUGAUGGCGACACCUUCACCAGUACCGUCCUGGGCACCUACAGUGGCAACUUGUUACCGGGGCCAGUGCAAGCCAAAAGCGGCAAAAUGUUAAUACACUUGUACAGCGACACCAAUUACCCACUGAACGGUACGACAGCAACGUACACGAUACAGAACUGUUCCAACGCCUGUUCAGGGCACGGGGUGUGUCAAAAUUACAAAUGUGUGUGUGAGUCUGGAUAUAAGGGAGACUCGUGCGAGGGGAGGAGUUGCCCGUACGAGUGCGGCCAAUCGGCCAGCCGGGGGAACUGCGACUUCACAACGUUGAUGCCGCAGUGCACGUGCAAUGCAGGCUUUGUGGGCGAGGGGUGCAGCCUAUCCACCAAUGACAACACAGGCUGGGGAGACACCGUGCUGGUGUCGUCAGGGAUCCAGUCCGUCUUCAGGGCACGAACGGGCCACACGGCCCAAUACCAUGAGGGCACAGACAGCCUGUGGGUUUUUGGAGGUUACGACCUCAAUAGUGUGCUGGAUGAUAUCGUCCGAUACAACUUCACGUCCAACCAGUGGGAGGAGGUGGUCCCCACCUCUGGGCCCAGGCCGGCUGGCCGCUAUGCCCACUCCAUGGUGCUCUACUCGGACGAGCUGAUCGUCUUUGGUGGCGUCCUGUCCAACGGCUCGCUGACCAACGAGCUGUGGUCGUUCGACGUCAAGACACAGGCGUGGACGCUGCUGCCCACCGGUGACGAUGCGGCCGCGGUGCCCCCGGGGCUGGCCGACCACACAGGGACCAUCGUCAACUUCUCCCACCUCUACGUCUUUGGUGGUGAGUUUGUCACGGAUUUGAUGCAGUCUGUCCUGUCUGAGUCAUAUGAUCAUACCAGUGGGAACGUCCACAGGCACUACUCGGAUCCGGCCCAGCACCGCCCGCUGACCCAUGAGAGAUGCUACGACGAUCGCGUUGAGCUCUUUCACCUGGGCUGCCACAAAUGGACGGACUUUGAUACCCUGGCCGAGGGAUUCCAGUCCCCCGCUGAAACGGAGCAUUUGCACGUCGUCACCAGAGGGCGCUUUGGCCACGCCGCAGCCGUCCGCGACAGCAGCACACUCUUGGUUGUGGGCGGGUACAGCGGGCUGGUGCACCGCGAUCUGAUCGCCGUGAAGAUGCCGGGCACGGUCGCCCUCAAUUCCAAGUCGGGCGGGUCCAUUCUGGAGCAGUGCUUGGCGCAUUCUACCAAAUCUGUUUGUCUCAGCGAUCCCAACUGUGGAUGGUGUAACGCCAACAGCAAUUGCAUCGGGCACUCGCAGCAUAGCAACUGCACAGAGCCGCUGACCUUUGACCCAGACACCUGUCCCAGUGUCUGUGACAGUCUGGUCACCUGCGAGGCCUGCAUCGUCUGGGGGACAGGGGCCGUGACCUCUGACCCCACUGGUGCCAGGGUCAAUGAGCAGUGCGGCUGGUGCGUCCAGGAGCAAGAGUGUUACCCACUGGGAGAGCCGGGCGGAGCCUGUGGGGACCAGUCAUCGCACUCCGACCCCUCGGGUUGGUGGGGUAUAAACGGCACCUUCUUGGCGGAGUUUUCCCAGUGCCGGCUGCAGGACACACCCCCGGGGAUCACCUGGAUUAAGUACCGUCACCCGCAGAACACCAGCCAGCCAGACGAGGUGACGAUCGUCGAGACGACCGACCAGAACUUCAAUUUCUACUACGUCAGCAUCCAGCAGGAGAAGCUGAACGGUGGGUCGUACAUCGCGGAGUACAAGGGCUUUCUGCGACCCAAUGGCGCGGUGCCUACAGGGGGCGCCCUCCUGCAGGUCUGGAUGGGCAGCUCCAACGCCAUCUCCACGCUCCACCUCAGCCGCGACGAGCGACCAGAAAAUGCUGAGAAGGUGGCUUACUAUGCGCUAGAGGAAGAAGAGUUCGUGAAGGCGAUUCGGGAGGACGGAUCGGCCAUCUUCCCCGACACCUCGGCGGCGUACUACGUGCGCCAGGAAGAGCGGCAGGUGGUCACCCUGGACCAUCCCCUGAUCUCUGUCAUGGACCUGAAGUGGAAUGGGAACAUGCCAACCAGCCAGAUGUCGCAGCCUUUUGAAAAGGAGUACCUGCAGCCGUUCUACUCUGGCAGCUGCGAGAACUACGUCACCUGCUCGGGCUGCCUGACAGACGCGUCCUGCGGCUGGUGUCCGACCAGUAGGACGUGCGAGCUGCGCAGCCAGACGGCAGCGGCCGAGGACCACUGUGGGACGGUGACGGGUGCCAUCACCCAUCACCUGGUCACCAGCUGGGACCAGUGCGUCGACUGCGGGCUGUACGUAGACUGCCUGUCCUGCACCGAGAAUCCUUUGUGCGAGUGGUUGAUAUCCGGGGACGACACCCGAUGCCUCAGGCGAGGGCGCUUCUCGGACAGCAUCACCGACCCGGGCCAGUGCACGCUCCCCUGCCACGAGUACACCAACUGUUCGGACUGUUCCAAGAGCACAAAGGAGUGCGCGUGGUGCGAGGAGACCAAGACCUGCUUCACCUUUGGGACCUAUGUCACGUCCUACACCUACGGGCAGUGCCCCAACUGGUUUGAUCAGAAAAAGGCUUGUCCAUCCUGUUCGGCACACACUGAUUGCAAGAGUUGCCUGGCAAACUUCCAGUGUGGCUGGUGCGGUAACCGAGACAACCCCACCUUGGGAAAUUGUCAGGAGGGUAGCUUCGGUGGUCCGGACUCAGGGCAGUCCUGCACUGUCCUCGUGGCCUCGCAGCACAACGUCUCGGAGAGCGAGCCGGCCGAUUGGUCCUACGGGGUCUGCCCGGACGUGGAGGAAUGCCAGCUGGGCUUGGACGACUGCCACGACAACGCCACCUGCGCCAACACCUUCGACGCCUAUGAGUGCACCUGCGACCGGGGCUUUGAGGGGAAUGGGCGGGACGAGUGCGUGAAAACUUGCUACCACGAGUGCGUCUACGGCCACUGCAGCGGGGCGCCAGACUACACGUGCAUCUGUGACGUGGGCUGGACAGGGGAAAACUGCAGCACGGACUGCGAGUGCAAUUUCCACAGCACGUGCACCACAGGCAUCGGCGUCUGUGACGAAUGCCAACACUGGACCAUGGGCCAGUACUGCGAGCUAUGCCGGCCGGGUAGCUACGGCAACGCCACCGACCAAUCGCUGGGCUGCCUUGAGUGCCAGUGCAAUGGUCACGGCGACCCAACGCACGGCCGCUGCCACAAUGUGACAGGGAUCUGCUACUGCAUUGAGAACAGCCGGGGCGAGCACUGUGAGGAGUGCGUGGUGGGGUUCUACCAUGACCCGAGGUUUCCCCAGCACUGCUCCCAUGAAUGCCGCGGCCGCAUGCUACUGACCAACGCCGAGUCAGCCGCCCUGGGCUCAGGCCAGGGGGAUGGCGUGUCUCCCCCCCAGGCCUACUGCCUGUGGGUGCUGACGGCGGGCGACAAUUUGACCCACACCGCCGCCAUGGCCAACCCCCCCACCAUCAGCCUGACCAUGGAAGGGAUCGAAGCCCUCUGUGGGAGGGACUACGUGUACGUGUAUGACGGAAUACCAGCCCACUUGUCCUUGUCACACCCUGAGAAUGCCGGCACAAACAUGGGCGCCUUCUGCGGCCAGGACCUCCUAGAGCGUGUUUCCACUGUGGCCCACUCGGGCACCAUGACCGUCGUCUACCAGGCUAACCACACAGGCAGCACGGACUCACCCGGCUUUGUGGCCAGCUACAGCGUCAACCGCUGCCCCGACGAUUGCCGCGGCAACCGGGAGUGCAUCCUGGGAGCCUGCCGCUGCGCCAGUGGUUACUGGGGGCCGGACUGCGAGUUGGAGUUGUGUCCGGCCAACUGUAGUGAGGCAGACAGUCAAGGGAUCUGUGAUAAGGAGAUGGGCGUGUGCAACUGUAGUGAGGGCUUCGGCGGGGAGGCCUGCCAGUACCCCACCUCACCCCUGGCCGGGCUGAGGCGAGGGGUCUGGACACUCCUGGCUGAUGAGGCCCGGGUGGACCCGGACGCCAGCUCCACGGUCGGGGCAGUGCCCUGCAGCCGGAUGGGGCACACCGUGGUAGCCAGCGAGGCCAACAUGUUGUGGCUGUUCGGUGGCUACUCGCACGCCCACGGGGACCUGAACGACGUCUGGAGCUAUGACCUCUCUACCAAAACAUGGAAGCAGCACUUCUCGGGUAGCGCAGCCCACCCAGCACCCAGGCGUUACCAUGCAGCGACAUUCGCCUCGUCAUACAUGAUGAUCUCUGGCGGAAUGAACGACACCACGGUCAUGCAAGAUGUGUGGUACUUCCACACUGUCAGUGAGAACUGGUCCCAGAUUCCCGCCAUCUUUCCAGUAGGUCUGGCCGGCCACUCCUUCGUCGUGGUCAGGGAUGACACCAUGGUGACUGUCGGCGGCUACUCGCCGAUUGACGGCCUGCAAGACAAGGUGUUGGAGUUCAGCCUAGCCGACAAUGCUUGGCUGGCCGUUCCCACCACUGGCACCCCUCCCACUGGUCUAUUUGGGCACAGCACGGUCUGGCACCCCGCCACCAAGGCACUGUACGUCUAUGGUGGCUACCUCUUCCACCUGGACAGCGUCUUCGUCUCGGAUAGGCUCUACUCCCUUGAUUACCGAGACUCGCUCAAAAAGUGGAACCUGCUGCCGGCUGAACCCGGCAACCAGCCACUACCCCACAUCUUCCAUGCCGCGGUCACAACGACCAAUUACAUGGUGGUACUGGGAGGUGGGACCCCAACCCAGAACAUCUCCAACACGCUGAUGGCGUAUCACUACCUCUGCAACCACUGGAUCGAUCUCAGCGAUUUCGUGGUGGGAAGUCCCCCGUCCCCGUCCACCUCGCUGGCGGCCGCGGUCACCGUCGAUGACACCAUCUACACGUUUGGCGGGAACGACGGGACAUCGCUGGGUGCCCUGCAUCGGCUGUCCCUGCCCGCUGACCUUUGCACCCUGCAGACCACGGCCGAUGGUUGUCGGGGCACACCGGGGUGCGGGGCCUGCGUGGAGACCAACAACACCCAGAACCUGCUGUUCUGCAAAUCCAACCUCGACCUGUUCCCCGAGAGCUGCAGCGGCGAGUACACGCUGGAGCAAGGCACCGUCUGCGACAAUGCCCGGGUGGAGUUCCGCAACUGUCGGGCGGCGAGAUCCUGCAGUGAGUGCGUCAUGACCCAACCGGCCCACCAUUUGGCCGAACAGACCUGCAUGUGGUGCUCGAACUGUCCAGACGGCGCCUGCAUCUCCCGCCAGCUGGAUUGCAUGGAGGAGCACAACUGCCAGGUGGACAAACAGAAGGAGAUCAGCGACUCGGACCAGUGCCCCGAGCUGGAGUGCGAGGCCAGCGACUGCGCCAAGUGCGUGCUCGGCAACUGCAUCUGGACGCGCCAGUUCAAGCGGGCCAGCGAGGUGCGGCGACUGCUCAACGCCAACCCCACCUACGACUGGAACUGCUUCCGCGACUCACUGCUGCAGAUAGCGCCCGCCGACAUCCACAUCAGCUCCUCCCCGACGGAGCCCUGCCCCGCCCCGUGCCACACCCACCGCACCUGCCUGGACUGCCUGGAUACCAAGGGCGCCGAUGGGGCAUGGCAGGAGUGCGUCUGGAGCUCGCGACUCGGCGAGUGCUUUUCCCCCACCUACCUGCCCCUGAUCUGCUCCACGGGCGCCUGUGGCCCGCUGGCCCGCAGCGGCACCCAGAACUGCCCCCAGCCCUGCUACCUGCACACCCAGUGCGCCCACUGCCUGGGGCAGCCGGGCUGUGGCUGGUGCGCGGUGGGGCCCCCGGGCAACGGCACCGGGGUGUGCAUGGAGGGGGGUCUGUACCAGCCCACGGGGGGCACCUGCUCGGCUGAGGGCGUCACCUUGAAGGACUAUGACGUAAACGAAUUCGUCACCUUCACGCCCGUCAACUUCCAAGAACCUCCUCUGUGGACCUUCAUGGCUUGCCCGCCAGAGAACGAGUGCCUGAACGGCCACCACGACUGCCGAGAGAACGAGGAGUGCAACGACACGCUCACCUCCUACGAGUGCAACUGCAAGGCCGGCUAUGAGCAAGAAAGCGAGGGUUCAGCGUGCCUGCCGGUCUGCAAUCCCCCCUGCCAGAACGGCAUCUGCAUCCGGCCCGACGUCUGCCUGUGCAACUUUGGCCACGUGGGGGCCGACUGCGCGGUGGAGUGCGAGUGCAACGGCCACAGCACCUGCGCCGGACCGGAGCCCCACAAUCGCACCAAUUGCCUGCAGUGCAUGAACAACACCCAGGGUCAGAGCUGCGACAAGUGCCUGCCGUUCUUUGUGGGUGACCCCACCAACGGUGGGCAGUGCAUGCCCUGCUUUGCCUAUUGCCACGGCAACAGCGACAUCUGCCUCUCGGAGGAGAACUUCAACCGCACCCGGGAUGAGGGUCUGCAGCUAGACCUGAUCAGCGUCCCAGUAGAGUUUCCCGUCGGUCCCGUCACCAACGCCGUCUGUGUCAACUGUCGCAAUUACAGCGCCGGUCAGAUGUGCGAGACCUGCAUCGACGGAUACUUUAAAGACGGGAACCACUGCCAAGUGUGCCAAUGCAACGGGCACUGGGACCGCUGCGACAAGACCAGCGGGGAGGACUGCCAGUGCAAGAACAACACGGACACGCCCUCCUGCCCCACCGAGAGAUACCCCGCACCUUGCUGGGCACACCAGUGUUCAAUCUGCGAGGAGUUGUUCAUUGGUGAACCCACUGACGGCCGGCAGUGCUAUCGCCAGAUGCACGUUGACCAAGACACUUGCUUUGACCCGGAGACCCAAACAAAUUGCCCGUUGGACUCCGUCCCCCUGCCGUUCGGUCGGGCGUCCUUCUUUGUCGUCCAGCCCAAGUUCACCAACCUGGACAUCCGGCUGACGGUGGACGUCACGGCGGGCGCGCUGGACGUCUACAUCACGCACAGUUUCGACUACCUCCGCGUGGCCACCAACCGGACCACCGGGGAGCACAGCGUCUCUCUGGAGGGCGCCAAUCUGUACGAGGAGGCCUACCGCGCCAAGCGACGCACCAAGGGCCUGCCGCGGGAGCGACGGAACGUGCCACAAGAACUUGAGGUCGGAGAACAGGCCCUGACGUCCUCAGUGGCACCGCCAGUCUACAACACUCUGACGGAGUACGCGGCCACGGACAACAUUAACACCUUCGUCAAUAUCGAUGAUCCAAACUUUGUGGCCAUCGUCCGGGGCCUGCGCAAUCGCCUGGUGGUCACCCUGCCCGAGGACGUCCACAGCCUCAAGACCAAGAAGUUCUUCAUUACGCUGCUGAGUCGAGAGAUCGCCGAUGGUAUGGGAACACCGUCCUUGGAGGAGGGAGUAGGGGCGGCCGCUGCCACCAGCGGCAUCAUGUACUUCCGGCAGGAUCAGCCCCACAUCGACCUCUUCGUCUUCUUCUCCGUCUUUCUCUCCUGCUUCUUCCUCUUCCUGGCCAUCCUGGUGGUGGCCUGGAAGGUCAAGGUGGCGCUGGAGGUGCGCAACGAUCGGCAGCGCCGGGCCCUGGAGUUGGAGCACCGGGCCAGCCGGCCCAUCGGGGACGUCCUAUUGCACGUCGAGGGCCUGCCCUCGGGGACAUGGGUCACCCCGGCCGCUGCUGCGACGGUGCCACCACGGAAGCACAGCAGGAUGAAGAGAGGUGCGUCGGAAUGCCAUCCGGGAUCCCGACCGACAUCUCCCACCAAAUUGUUAACCUGCGGGCUGAUCGCGUGCGAGCCCACGGAGGACGACAUGGCGGCGGUGGCCACAACCAUCAUCUCCCUGCCGGGGGGCGCGCCCGCCCCCGUCCAGGCCUGCCUGGGCUCGGCCCUCAUCCUCAUGAAGCCCUCGGCCCGGCCUAAUGACCCGCCCCCAUCCCAGCUCCGCCCAGUCCGCUUCCCCAGCGGCGGCAAGUCCGGGAUGUGCCGCGAGAUGCGCACGUGAGCACCUGCCCGGGCGCAUCCAGCAACAGAUCACAGUUUGUGUGCUGUCUUGACUUUUCUUCAGAACUCUGGCAUCAGUAAAUGCGGAUUAUACAUAUAUAAAUAUAUUCUAAACAGAGCUAUUUUUUAUAAAUUAAAGGCAGGUUUUUUGCCCACGGAUGUACAUUAAUCUUUCUCUUUCUGUUUGGCUCUGACUUUCGUGGAGCAUUUUCUGGUUUUUUUAAGAACCAAGAUAGUUUGUAUCCAUUGAGGUUGCGUUUCUGUGUCGGUGAUCGUCAGCAGCGGUAAUACAUGCUGCAGUCUUUAGAGACAAUUCAGGAUUGUAUUCUUAUGUUAAAGAGCAUUUUGCGUACGAUUCUUUCGUGUCGGUAGCACUUGAGUGGAGUGAUUGAGGAGUGAUGAAUCAGUGUUAAUUGUGGGAGAUUUUAAUUAAAGCAAAUUGUGCCAUUUUCUUGUUUGAAAAUUUGUGGAGCGUCACACUUGCUGCAAGCUUUUCACUUCCGAGUUGAAUACUUGAUCUUGGAACACUCAACCCCGGUUUGGCGACUUUUUCUUCCUUAUUUUUUAUGAUGAAGAGUAAAAGAAAAAAACAGUCAGUGGCUGGCCUGCACGUGCCGGCCUGUAUCAUUGAAGUGACGUAGGAGGCCAGACUUACCGGUUCGCUUUUAAGGCCAUGCAGGAAUUCACCUAGCAAGAACUUAAAACUUACACUGGGCUGUUGGACUUUCAUAGGCUACUCUAAUUCCAAGCCUCAGUCCAGUAUGCAUGCAUCAGUAAUGAAGGAUGUUCUAUGGAGUUGCUAAGGCUGAGUUUUCCUGACUUGGCAGCGGCUUGAACAUACGCAGGAGUAUUAUGGCUGUGGCUGCAUCCGAGUUGUGUGUUGUGUCGAGCUUGAGUCAAGUAAUUCGGAUACCAUCUAAGCGACCAGCGUAUUGAGUAACUACAAAUCUGGUUACCGGCCAAACAGUCACAGGAUUUAUACUUGUGACCUGUGGUUGGUCCUCCACCACUGCUACCUUUAAGCACACACAAAAAAUACUCUACACCGUAAUGCUGGGCUCCGAAAUACCUUUUUCUUCAACAUGUAUUGGGUUAUUUUUUCGUACAUGUAUUGUUUUGUUAGUUUUGAAUUGUGGACCUGGAAGUCCUUUUGGAUUUUAACAUAUAAAGCCAUUCCUUAAAAAAGUGUUUGAAAACAAGAAAAACAACUAACAAAAGCUGCCAUUUUUUUUAGAGUAACAAGCCUUUUUGGGAGUUAAAUUAGAAUAAAAUCUGGUACACCGAGUUCUUUAAAUUCACGUGAACAUAACUUGAAUUCUCAAUAUUAAGACCACUGUUGCUGUACCUCUCGAUUCGGGGCAAUCAUCUGCUUAGUUACAUGAGAGAUGCCUUGCAACAAUACACUGUACUCAAUGGAUAAGAAGGGCACAAAGGAACCAGUC